UGUGUGCCCACAUAUAUCUAUCUGGGUACAUAUUGCGCAUGCAUACGGUCACCGAAACAUUAGAGGCGGGCAUCCACGGGUGCAGACUUCGUCUUUUAUGGCGGAACGAGAUGCAGCAGUAGUAUACGGCAUCCGGAGGACGUCGGGAUUCCAUGCUCGGCCAGCCCGGUCGAUCGCCUCAGUGCUGCCAGGUUUGAAUAGCUCGGUCUGUGAUCGACAAGAUUGGCUCGGCCGACCGACUUUGGCUCGGCUGGGUUACUGCUGUCGGCUAGUCUCGGACCGGCUAUAGCUACAGUCUCGGGUCGGCUGAUAACGUUGUACCUGCAGCACGCGAUCGAGUAUAUAGAGUGAUGUCGGUCACAUUCCUGAGUACAUCAUCUUGUUCAAUCAAUACACUCGCCCCAUUACACUUUCAUAUAAUCACGCCUUAUUGUCCAUUGGGACAUCUGCACAUCCACACCUGUCGAGAGCAACAAAUCGACAUGUCUCGCCACAGCAGCAGCGGUAGCAACACGACCUUGCUUGCUUUGGCGGCACUGCUGCUGCUCAGCGCUGGACCUGUCUUCGGCGGCGGAAAGGAACAUGACCGCGAGAAGCCGCAGCACAAGCCCCCGCCGAAGCCUCCCAAGGAAAUCUGCGACAAAAUUCUUGUGGUGACUGAGAAGUUCAACGAGACCGCCUGGGUAACUCCUGCAGGCAUCAAGAUUGGUUCGUCUCGGACCGGCUAUAGCUACAGUCUCGGGUCGGCUGAUAACGUUGUACCUGCAGCACGCGAUCGAGUAUAUAGAGUGAUGUCGGUCACAUUCCUGAGUACAUCAUCUUGUUCAAUCAAUACACUCGCCCCAUUACACUUUCAUAUAAUCACGCCUUAUUGUCCAUUGGGACAUCUGCACAUCCACACCUGUCGAGAGCAACAAAUCGACAUGUCUCGCCACAGCAGCAGCGGUAGCAACACGACCUUGCUUGCUUUGGCGGCACUGCUGCUGCUCAGCGCUGGACCUGUCUUCGGCGGCGGAAAGGAACAUGACCGCGAGAAGCCGCAGCACAAGCCCCCGCCGAAGCCUCCCAAGGAAAUCUGCGACAAAAUUCUUGUGGUGACUGAGAAGUUCAACGAGACCGCCUGGGUAACUCCUGCAGGCAUCAAGAUUGGUUCGGAUCUGUCCCGUGUCAUCGGCUACAGCCUUGGCUACAGGGAUCCCUUGUACCUGGGGGCAUGCGUCACGCCCAAGACAAAGAUUGGAAUGGUUAGCGCUUUCUGCUACCAGUUUGAUCUGCGGUACAGCUACUGCGUUAACACGCUGGAGAUUGGUAUCUUUGGCACCAUCACAUUCCUCGGACCCUUCACAGAUGUCCAGGAUGCUUAUUUCGAGAACGCCGUCACCGGUGGCACGGGCAUCUACAGGGGCGCUGAGGGCGUAGUGAAAGUGAAGGUGCUGAAGCAGGGCGAGGUGUACGCCUACAAGAUCGUGCUUGAGGACGAGCCCAAGUGCUAUGACAAGUAGUAAAUACUCUCAAUAAUUAGGAAUGAAGAACUGUUGGAAGAACAUGGUUUAUCUAUCAACUCCGGAUGGAAACGCCUGAUUUGAGCUAUCCAUCUCAUGAGAAUCGUUGUCCGACUGGUGAAGGGAUUGCUGCCCGCCUGCUGCUCUGUUGUCGCCUGCACGCACGCACGUAUGUACGCCGACGGUAACAGAUGCGCGUGAUCUAUACAAAUGUAGCUGUUAUCGUCCGAUCUGCAUUUGGAUGCUGGGGCGGUGACUUCCUGUCACACAGAAAACAGCCGAACAUGCAAACUGAAUGCAUGUGCAUGCAAGGGCUUGUCGCAUGCACGUAUGUAUCGUUUGUUGCUACUUGCUUGCCGUACGUGGUAAUAUGUUUUCUGCCGACACUGCGCCCUGCCAUCUCUAUCUCCCACGUGAUCUAUCCAGAUACACAUCCUCCGCGUAUGCUUCGCGUAUGAAGGGUAUAAAGGGGUUCGGGCAUGUGUAUGUGCGUGUGAGUGCCGACCGUAGUAUGGAUAAGUGUCAGGCGGGCUCACGCCGGCCGUACAGUGGUAAUAACCAUCUGAGGACGAAAUCGCUACCUCUAUCUGGCUGUGUAACAACGCUACGGACG